GUGUUUCAGUCUGUUACUGUGCAGUCGACCUGUGCUUAAUAUGCAUAUCUUAGAGAUUUUACUUUUUUCCCUGAUUUUUGCAUUUAUGUUUGUAGUGUUGUAUUUGAGAAAAGUGUGAACAGACAAGGCACCUGAGAUUUAACUUUUCUAGAGCCUUGUCAUUUCAGUGUUGUAUCUCAGAUUACAAGUAGCCUUUGUUGUAAUGCACAGUAUACAGUAAGUAUUUUCUCAUAAAAAUAUGCUUUAAGAUUUUUUUUUUGUUUUUGUUUUGUUUUUUAACAAACUGGAUGAAAGUUUGAUAUUUGAACAUCAUUUUGUGAAGAAAUGUAUGGCUGUGGAAGAAGAGCUGCCUAAUGGAUCAUGGCUCUGAUGUUCACUGGGCAUACUCUGUUUCUAGCAUUAAUGGUGUUUGAUGUCUUCACUUUCGAAGAAUCUGUAAGCAAUUACUCUGAUUGGGUGACUUUUAUAGAAAAUGUAGAUCAAUAUGAGAAACAGCAACUUGAGGGUCUUAGUGCUGAGCAGCAGCUGAAAAGAACAGUUCUUCAUCCAAGCUUGUAUUUCGACACUCAUGAUGUUCAGGCACUGAGGCAGAAGGCUCGUACAAGCCAUUUGCAUCUCUUCAGAGCCAUCAAAAGUGCCGUGAUGGUUAUGCUGUCCAACCCUUUGUACUACCUACCUCCACCCAAGCACACUGAUUUUGCGGCCAAGUGGAAUGAGAUUUAUGGUAACAACCUGCCACCUCUAGCGUUCUACUGUUUGCUGUGCCCCGAAGAUAAAGCUGCAUUUGAUUUUGCCCUAGAAUAUAUGGAUAGAAUGGCUGGUUACAAAAACUGGUUGGUUGAGAAUGCACCUGGAGAUGAAGUGCCGCUUGGUCACUCCCUAACAGGAUUUGCCACUGCUUUUGACUUCUUGUAUAAUUCACUGGAAAACGAGAGAAGGCAAAAAUACCUGGAGAAGAUACAGUCUGUAAGCGAGGAAAUGUAUGAGUACUCCAAGGUUCGUUCCUGGGGAAAGCAGCUUCUCCAUAAUCACCAAGCAACCAAUAUGCUUGCUUUGCUUAUUGGGGCUUUAGUUGCCGGAGUGGACAAAGGAUCUCAGGCAAAUGUUUGGAAACACACUGUUGUUGAUGUGAUGGAGAAAACUAUGUUUCUCCUCAAUCAUAUUGUAGAUGGGUCUCUGGAUGAAGGAGUAGCUUAUGGGAGUUACACGGCCAAGUCAAUAACCCAGUAUGUUUUCCUGGCCCAGCGCCACUUUGGUAUUAACAACUUUGAGAAUAACUGGCUGAAAAUGCACUUUUGGUUUUACUAUGCCACCCUAUUGCCAGGCUUCCAGAGGACUGUGGGUGUUGCAGAUUCUAAUUACAACUGGUUUUAUGGUCCUGAGAGCCAACUGGUUUUCUUGGAUAAGUUCAUCAUGAAGAAUGGAGCUGGUAACUGGCUGGCACAGCAGAUUAGAAAACACAGAGCCAAGGAUGGGCCAAUGGUGCCAUCCACUGCGCAGAGGUGGAGCACAUUACAUACUGAAUUUAUAUGGUACGCUGCUGAAAUCACUCCUCAGCCACCUCCUGACUAUGGUACUGCUAAAAUGCAUGUGUUUCCUAACUGGGGAGUUGUUACUUAUGGGGCUGGAUUGCCGAACAGUCAGACAAACACCUUUGUAUCCUUCAAGUCUGGGAAACUUGGCGGACGUGCUGUCUAUGAUAUUGUUCACUUUCAACCCUAUAGAUGGAUUGAUGGGUGGAGAAGUUUCAAUCCGGGGCAUGAACAUCCUGAUCAGAACUCCUUCACUUUUGCUCCCAAUGGACAGGUGUUUGUGUCUGAGGCUCUUUAUGGACCUAAACUCAGCCACCUGAACAAUGUCUUGGUGUUUGCUCCAUCUCCUACAAGCCAGUGCAACCAGCCUUGGGAAGGACAGCUUGGUGAGUGUGCCCAGUGGCUGAAGUGGAUUGGUGAUGAGGUUGGAGACUCAACUGGAGAAAUUAUAACAGCCUCCCAGACUGGUGACAUGAUGUUUGUGAGUGGUGAGGCAGUAUCUGCUUACACAUCAGCAAUGAAACUGAAAAGUGUGUAUCGCAUUUUGCUGCUCUUAAAUUCUCAGACAUUGUUAGUAGUUGACCAUAUCGAGAAGGAGGAAGACUCUCCUGUUAAUUCAGUCAGUGCCUUUUUUCAUAAUCUUGACAUUGAUUUUAAAUACAUACCCUAUAAGUUUAAGAACAAGUACAAUGGAGCAAUGAUGGAUGUGUGGGAUGCCCACUACAAGAUGUUUUGGUUUGAUCAUCGUGGGAGUAGUCCUGUUGCUAGGAUACAGGAGGCUGAACAAGCUGCUGAAUUCAAAAAGCGAUGGACUCAGUUUGUAAAUGUUACCUUUCCAAUGAAAAACACACUUACAAGGAUUGUUUACCUUUUCUAUGGGCCGUAUGUCAAUGUUUCUAACUGUAGACUCCUGGAUAAUGCAAAAUCUGGGUUUCAGAUUUCUCUCAGUGUCAACAACACUGAAAAUACCAUCUCUGUUGUGACUGAGUAUCAAAAUCUAAAGGCAAGGUUUGAUUACUUGGGAUUUUGUGGUUUUGCUAAAGUAGUUCAUGAAAAUAAAGUGACCAAGUUCGGCUUCGGUACUGAAUCUGUGAAAGAAGAUAUGAAAAAUAAUAGGGUAGUUUUCCCAUUUGGAUUCAAAGUGAACAUAAUUGCAGGGCUAAUUUUGGGUGUCAGUUUGGUCAUACUGGCUUUUCAGUGGCGGUUUUACGUAUCCUUCGGUAAAAUGUUGCGUUGGAUCCUGAUACUGGUUGUCACACUGUGGUUAAUUGAAUUGGUGGAUGUGUGGAGCAUGUGUACUCAGCCCAUCUGUGCAAAGUGGAGCAGUGACAUGACAAGGCCAGAGCAUGAUAAAGGCAAUAAAGCCAAACAAUUAGAAGGAAACCCCAUUGUUUUGCCAGAUGUUAUCAUUACCUCGCUUCCCACUUCUGGAGCAGAAAUUUUAAAACAGCUGUUUUUCAAUACCAGUGACUUUUUAUACAUCAGGAUACCUACACCCUAUCUUGAAAUUCCUGAGACUGAAUUUGAAAUUGAUUCCUUUGUAGAUCCAUGUGAGUGGAAGGUUUCUGAUGUCCAGAAUGGUAAUUUUCGUCUUAUCCAAGGGUGGCUCCAGUCUCUAGUUCGAGACACGAAGUUGCAUUUACAAAACAUUCAUUUGUAUGAAGCUAGCAGAAGUAAAACUGCUCAGUAUUCUGCACUAAGCAAAGACAAAAAGAAAAGGUCCAAAAAGAGAGAAUCCCUGUCAGAACAAAGAAGUAGGGCAAGAGGGAGUCAGGAAAAAGAUGCUGAAUAUAUUAGGGAACUGAGAAGACAUCUUAUCUAUUAUCCCAAUGCACGACCUGUGCUUAGUUUAAGCAGUGGGAGCUGGACAUUAAAGCUUCCCUUCUUUCAGGAAAUCUUAGGAUCGUCUAUGAGAGCAUUAUAUGUAGUGAGGGACCCAAGGGCAUGGGUGUAUUCAAUGUUGUACAAAAACAAGCCAAGCCUUUACUCCUUGAAAAAUAUUCCACAACGCUUGGCUGCAAUGUUUAAGGGGGAGAAUGGUAAAGAAAAGUGUUUGAAUGAAGGCUAUGCCUCUGAGUUUGAAUCACUAAGAAGAGAAAUUUCAAAUUCUAAUUCAAAUGCUAUUUCUGUGUUGUCUUAUUUAUGGCUAGCAAACACAGCAGCAGCAAUGAGAAUAAACAGGGACUUGCUGCCAACAAAUUAUCAGCUGGUAAAGUUUGAAGAUAUUGUGAGCUUUCCUCAGAAGACGGCUGAAACCAUUUUUGCCUUUCUUGGUAUUCCUCUUCCUCCUGCUAGCUUAAACCAAAUAUUAUUUGCCACUUCCACCAGUCUUUUCUAUCUUCCUUAUGAAGGGGAAAUUUCAUCAAGUAGCAUUCAUGCCUGGAAACAAAACAUGCCCCAUGAAGAGAUUAGACAGAUUGAAGGUAUCUGUUGUUCACUGAUGGACCACUUAGGAUACCCAAAGUUUAUAGAAUAA